GGAAAUGCGCCAUUUAACGGAUGUAGCUUCACAGCGCUGUUUUCCCAAAUCUCCAUCCACGUUUUCCUCCACCCCGCCCAUCAGCUGAGACCACAUAGUUUUUGAGGAUGACCUAUCGUGACCUGUCACCCUCCAACUGAUGGAGGUUAACCACAUCAACAUGCAGACUGAUAACGGGGACCCAGACAGGCCCGCUCAUCCCGGGAUUUUCCCAACACACGAGGCCGGGAAGAGCGACCACCAGCCGGCGGAGUGCAGCGUGGACUUCCCGGUGUCUGUGGUUCUUCCUGCCGGUGGCACCGGAGAGAGAACCGGGCUACAGACACCCAAACAGUUCUGCUCGUUUCUGGGUCGGCCGCUCAUAAGCUACACUAUCCAGGCUUUCGAGAGGGUGUCGUGGAUCCAGAGCGUUGUGGUUGUUGUUGCCAAAGAAAACAUGGACCUGAUGACGGACAUCGCCCAGCGCUUCCAGCACAGGAAGGUUCGAGCGGUGCCAGGCGGCUCGACUCGUCACAGGUCGAUAUGUAACGGAGUCCUGGCUCUGGGCGAGGGGGAGGAGGAGAGGCCGAAGGUGGUCAUCAUCCACGAUGCCGUGCGGCCUUUUGUGGAGGAGGAUUUUCUGUACAAGAUAACCAUGGCUGCCAAGGAACAAGGGGCAGCGGGAGCUAUCCGACCUCUGGUUUCCACGGUGAUAGCCACCACAUCAGAGGGCUACCUGGAUCAUUCUCUGGAGCGAGCCAAGUACCGAGCCAGCGAGAUGCCUCAGGGAUUCACAUAUGAUGUCAUCUACCAGGCCUAUCAGAGGUGCAGUGAGUCAGACUUUGAGUUUGGCACCGAGUGUCUUCAUCUGGCUCUGCAGUACUGUGGCACCAAUGCCAAGCUCAUCCAGGGGCCGCCAACACUGUGGAAGGUAACUUACAAACGGGAUCUGGCUGCUGCAGAGUCCAUUAUCAAAGACACUCUGUCGCGGUCAGCGUGUGUCAUCACAGGUGAAUCUGCACAAGCUGUGACGCUGGCCGGUGCUCUCCAGAAGGCCGUUGGAGCUCUCGACACGGAGCUGGAUGUCAUCCCGGACCUGAUGGGAGAAAACGGCAGGUAUCUGUUAACGGAUUGGAACUUCAUCCAGGUUUCUGUCAAUAGUCCUUGCCUGUCUGAGGUGGAGGCCUUACUGACGGAUUUGGAGGCAGCGAAUCGGGCUCUUCUUCACCCACUGGUUGUCAUUUGGGUGCAUUUGAGCGGUUCAGAUGAGCUGUCCGUCAGCGGGAGAGUGGCAGAGCCAGCAGCUAUCAUGGACCUGGCCUCAGCAGCCAAGCUCCGAAAUAUUCUUCUUUACGGCAUCCAGCUUCAUCAGUCAAAGGACACCGAGCGUUGGGAGAAGUCAAUGUUGAGGGUCGCUGAGAUCACGUCAGCCCUGAUCCGGGAGAGGAGCCCCGCCCUGGUGGGACAGCUUCUGCAGGCAUGAAGUGAGGUAGCACCAACAGAAAAUCCCCUCAGUGACUCAUGAGCAUGACCAACUCUUUAUCAAUCAUAGCAGACUCCCACAAUUACAUUCUGCACUUCCAUAAAAUGUGGGGACUUUCAAGAGACCAACUUAAAAAAAACAAUCGCUAAAAGCAUGGGUCAAGCUCCAAAAUCCAGAAUCCUACACUUCCCAAAAUGCAACUCAGUAUUGUCCUUCACUGAAUCCUCCCUGCCUGGUAAACAUCUACAUCUUUCAAACUCCUCAGCCCGUGUUUACUCCAUUUUGAUGCAGGCUUUCUGCUAGAAAUUCAGACAUGGCAGUGAAAGUCAAAAGAUGGUACCAACAGUAUUAUUCCACUCUGUCCUGUUUUAUUGUAUUCCCUCUGUUGAGGCCCCAUAUCUGCGAUCAUGUCACUGAUGGAGAGUUUUAUGAAAUGUUAAAACUGAAAAGAAAAUAUUGACUGAACACAUUUUAGAGCUGCUACAUGUUUGUUUUGUUGUAUGUUGGUUUUUCCCAUCAAAUUAGUGCCACUUUCUUGCUUUGAAGAUGCAUGAAUGCCCACUGCAACACAUAGUGGCUUUAAAUGUCUAUAAAAAUUAGACCAUCGUUGAGAAAAUUGUUCUUCCCCUACUGCACUCAAGACAGUUGUUUUACAAUCUCAAAAAGGGGACAAGUUAGUUUGUACAGAUCGCAGCGAGCUGACCUGAACACAUACAUGUUAAUUGACAUUUUGAUUGAUUUUGGAGUGUUUGGAGCGUAAUUAAUAACAGUUAAACUACUGUUUUGUGUCAUAACCACUGGAUACAGUUGACUGGAACACUAAUAUGUAAUCAGAAGGUGCUUCUAUUUUUGUACUCAUAAAAACUGCUCAUGUGG